UCAUUGUUUUCACAUCUGCUGUUCAUCUUCACCCAAAGCAAAGUGACUGCGGGCAGUCUGGAUGUGCACCCCACAGAGAAGGCCCUGGUGGUCCACUACGAGGUGGAAGCCUCUAUACUGGCCGAGGGAGGAGGGCAUAUGCUGGGUGAGCGGAAGGAGGGACAAAAAAUUAUCCGAGUGAAGAGUCUGUCUCCGAGUACAGAUGUGGGGGCUUUGGCAAAGAAAGUGGUGGAGGAGUGUAAACUCAUCCCUGCUUCCCGUUUGCCCCAGGUGGAGCAGCUCCUCUACUACCUGCAGAACAGGAAGUCAACUCCUGUGGAGGGCAAAAGUCAGUCAUGUCUUCUUUUUUCCAACCUUGCUGUUGAGUCUCAACAUAUCCCAUAGUUCACCAUCAAAGUUAGAUGCAAACCCAAUAGACAAAUUCAGUUUACUUGAAGCAUCUACAGUGGCACAGAUGAAGGUUGUGUCUUGUUUUUCCAACCCAGUUUAGAUUCAACCACGGCAACUUCCGCAUUAACGUAGCUCUGCGUAAAGAGAAAGUCGCCAUUAACGCUGAAGUAAUAUCACGUCUACUCUAGCUUGAUAAAAAAACGACAUGGGCUGUAUAUCAGUCAGUGCUUCAUAGAAGAUGAAAACGCGCUUUUUUAAUAUGAAAGAAGAUCAAAGUUAUGCAUAGCUGAGUAAAUGUUAAUAUUAUUUUUUAUAUUAAUUCACCAUGGAUUUUAAAAUGAUAAGCUAGAGCAGUGGUUCUCAACUGUCAGGCCUCGGGACCCACUUUUUCCUUAGUCAAUAGAUCGCAACCCGAAAUUUUUAACCACUCAAAUCUUUUCAACAAAAAAUCAUGCAGUAAUAUAUACGCUUUUCAGCAUACAUUAUUAGUUACAGUGAAGUACAGUGCA